AUGAACGGCUACGGCUCCCCCUACCUGUACAUGGGCGGCCCGGUGUCGCAACCGCCGCGGGCGCCCCUGCAGCGCACGCCCAAGUGCGCGCGCUGCCGGAACCACGGGGUGCUGUCCUGGCUCAAGGGCCACAAGCGCUACUGUCGCUUCAAGGACUGCACCUGCGAGAAAUGCAUCCUGAUCAUCGAGCGGCAGCGGGUCAUGGCGGCUCAGGUGGCGCUGCGCCGGCAGCAGGCCAACGAGAGCCUGGAGAGCCUGAUCCCGGACUCGCUGCGGGCUCUGCCGGGGCCCCCUCCGCCGGGGGACGCCGCCGCCACCGCCGCCGCCUCGCAGUCGUCGCCAGCCUCCCAGCAGUCCCAGCCGCCCGCGCCGCCUCGUCCCGCCGCCGAGUUGGCCGCAAGCGCCGCGCUGCGCUGGACCGCGGAGCCCCAGCCCGGGACGCUGCCGGCGCAGCUCGCCAAGCCAGAUGUGACUGAAGAGCGACUUGGGGACAGCAGCAGCAGUUCAGCAGACAACGCCGCUGCGGAGGCCUUCAGUGACAAAGACACGGACCAGAGGAGCUCCCCGGAUGUGGCCAAAGGCAAGAACUGCUUCACUCCGGAGAGCCCCGAGAUCGUGUCCGUGGAUGAAGGGGGGUACGCCUUGCAGAAAAACGGGGGCACCCCCGAGGGCUGCCCGGACAGCCCCAAGUACCACGCCGCCGCCGCCGAGCAGAGUCAUCUUCUGAUCGAGGGCCCGUCGGGGACCGUCUCUCUGCCCUUCAGCUUGAAAGCCAACCGGCCACCCCUGGAAGUGUUGAAGAAAAUCUUCCCCAACCAGAAGCCCACUGUGCUGGAGCUCAUCCUGAAAGGCUGCGGGGGCGACCUGGUCAGUGCCGUGGAGGUCCUGCUGUCCAGCCGCUCCUCGGCGGCGGCGGCGGGCGCCGAGCGGACGGCCGAGGAGAGCCUCGUGCUGCCCUCCAGCGGCCACAUCUUCGAACACACGCUGGGCUCCUACCCCAUCUCUUCCUCCAAGUGGUCGGUGGGCUCGGCCUUCCGAGUCCCUGACACCUUGCGCUUCUCGGCGGCGGCGGACUCCAGCAACGUGGUCCCCAACCCCUUGGCCGUGCCCCUGCAGCACCCCUUCCCCCAGCCACCCCGGUACCCACUGAUGCUGAGGAAUACUUUGGCCCGAAACCAGUCGAGCGCCUUCUUGCCCAAUGACGUCACCCUGUGGAACACCAUGACGCUGCAGCAGCAGUACCAGCUGAGGUCUCAGUACGUCAGUCCCUUCCCUAGUAACUCCACCAGCGUCUUCCGGAGCUCGCCCGUGCUCUCCUCCCGCACCACAGAGGACCCUCGGAUCUCCAUCCCCGACGAUGGAUGUCCGAUCGUGACCAAGCAGUCCAUCUACACAGAGGACGACUAUGACGAGAGGUCUGACUCCUCGGACUCCAGAAUACUCAACACGUCAUCCUAAAGUGUUACCCGUGGGUCGUGACCAGGUGACAUUUGGUGUGUGCCGGAACCGCCCCCGCCCCAGGAGAGUCCACUAAUACUGUAUACCCUUUCCUCCUGUUUUCACAAAGUGACUGUGCUCGAUAGUCUAUACAUUAGCAAUAAAAACAUAACUUAUUUAAUUUCCUGCACUUCACUGGAAAAUGCCAAAUAGGUCUGCUCUGUGGAUUUAGUGCUGAGUGUGAUAAAUGGGUCUAAAGCUAAGGACUGCCUGGGGAGGCUGGGCCCCAGGGGGGAGAUUUAGAUGGAGCAUCAGCUUUACUCCUAAAUGCAACCUGGAUUGUUAAGUGAAAUAGUAUACUUGAAUGCAAUUUUUGUAAAAGAGGAUUCCUCAGGACACUGGAAACCUUAGGGAGUGGUCUGGUUGCCAACCACCGACUAUGAACAGGGGCCAGUCGCUCCCAUUCUAGAGAGAGACUGCGCCUCAGAACAGAGCGGACUACACCAACCACGCUCAUUUAAGCUUGGACAGUUUGCAGAGACAAACUCCAUUAAGAAUUAUUCUUUUCACAUGGCUGAAUCGAAACAUGUGUCGCGUCGAUAAAAAACCAAUCACAGCUGUGAACUGCAUGAAAUGUAUCGUGAAAUG